AUGAAGGGACAACUCCAACUCAGUGGCUGCUGUCAGGUCUUAUCAGUCUCUCUCUCUCCCUCUCUCUUUCCCCCCUCUCUCUCCAUCAUUCUCUUUUUCUCUCUCUUUCUCGCUCUCCCUCCCAGCAGCCCCGGGGUAUCCUCGAUUCUCAGGGAGUCUCGCCCAUACCUUCCUUCCCAUGAGCCACUUGGAUCACCAUGCCAACAGCGGCGUCCUCUACGGGCAGCACCGUUUCUAUGACACCCAAAAAGGUGAGUCGGCAAACAAAUUAAAAUGAAAUCAGACGAAAAUAAGAUAUUGAAAUCCAAUUGAACACAACAAAGUAUGAUGUAAUUGGAUAAUGGAUAUUGCGAGCUAUGUCGAUGCCCACAGGGAUAUUACCUUAAAUGUAAUAAUGUAAUCCUGUCUUUUAGAUUUGCUGCCUGGUUGGCCAAUGGAUGUUUUUUAAAGGGGAAGUUCAGGAUUUUACAACUUGAUGUUUCCUCACCCUGAAAGUAGUCUAUGGGCUAGUAAAAACGGAAAUCCUUGGUUUGGUUUUCUAUUAAACAGCCACUAUAAACUUAAGCUAACUUUAGCCACUACUAGCUAACAGUCAAUGGAAGUGAAAACAUUUUUAAAGGCCAAAUCACCUCUAAGUAACAUCAAACCAGAUAUGGAGUUGACUUCAGUUGAUUUCAGUAGAUUUGGUCAUGACGUUUUAACAGUUGCACACAUUCGCCAUUAAUGUGUGAGCUAGUGGUGGCUAAAGUGGCUGUUUGAAGAAAAACAAACCAUGAAUUACACUUUCUCCUGUCCCAUUGACUACUUUCAGGGUGAGGAAGCAUCUAACACCAAUUUCUAAAAUCCUGAACUUCCCCUUUAGGAGUCAGUUUUUUUUAUACUGAACAGAAAUAUAAAUGCAACAUGCAACAAUUUGAACGAUUUUACUGAGUUACAGUUCAUAUAAGGAAAUCAGUCAAUUGAAAUAAAUAAAUUAGGCCCUAAUCUAUGGAUUUCACAUGAAUGGGCAAGUUUCGCAGCCAUGGAUGGGCCUGGGAGGGCAUAGGCCCACCCACUUGGGAGCCAGGCCCACCCAGUCAGAAUUAGUUUUUCCCCACAAAAGGGAUUUAUUACAGACAGAAAUAAAACUUGUUCAGCUGUCCGGGUGGCUGGUCUCAGAAGAUCCCGCAGGUGUAGAAGCCGGAUGUGGAGGACCUGGGCUGGCGUGGUUACACGUGGUCUGCGGUUGUGAGGCCGGUUGGACGUACUGCCAAAUUCUCUAAAACGACGUUGGAGGCAGCUUAUGGUAGAGAAACAAACAUUCAAUUAUCUGGCAGCAGCUCUGGUGGACAUUCCUGCAGUCAGCAUGCCAAUUGCACUCUCCCUCAAAACUUGAGACAUCUGUGGGAUUGUGUUGUGUGAUAAAACUGCACAUUUUAGAGUGGCCUUUUAUUGUCCCCAGCACAAGGUGCACCUGUGUAAUGAUCAUGCUGUUUAAUCAGCUUCUUGAUAUGCCACUCCUGUCAGAUGGAUGGAUUAUCUUGUUCACUAACAGGGAUGUAAACAAAUUUGUGCACAACAAUUGAGAGAAAUAUACUUUUUGUGUGUCUAGAACAUUUCUGGGAUCUUUUAUUUCAGCUCAUGAAACAUGGGACCAACACUUUACAUGUUGCGUUUAUAUUUUUGUUCAGUAUAUAUCAUUGACAUUUAUAUAAUUUGGAACUUUUAUAUCUUACAGAGAACUUCUAUCUAAGAAGCCUUCCGUCCCAGCCACCUCUCAUCUCAGCCAAUCACGGCCUUCCGCCCAUCUCCAGGGCGGGGCCGGGGCACCCACAGGGCUCCUGCAGUCGGGACAUGGACCCAGGGGGCGGAGUCAGCCUACACAAGGGCCUGAAGGAGGGGUCCGUCGAGAGAGGGGUGGUCCCCAGCACCAAGGACAAGGAGAGGCCCAGCAGCAAACAGGAGGCCAAGGAGCGACAGCAGCACCACAGCCACCACCCCCAGCCCUCACAUCCACACCACCACCACCCACACCCUGGUCACACACAGCCCCACCCCCACCAGCAGCACCCCCAGUACCCCCAGCACCCGGUCUCCCUGGAGGAGGUCAAUAGCAGAGCCCUGGAGAGGCACAAGGCCGCCCUGGUCAUGGAGCACAAGGAGCACCAACAGGCCAUGGGUAUGGCCAGACCCCUCAGCGCCUGCCUGCUCAACGGAAAGAUGCAGAACGGGGGGGACUCUGGGACGGGUGGGGCCAAGGCUUCCAUGACUAGCUAUGGGGGGGAGGUGGUGGGGAGCAGGGGAGCUCAGACACAGGUCAGCCACAGACACAUGGGGGGUGGGGGGAACGUCCGCUGCACCAAGGAGGGGGUGAGCGGCGAGAUGAGGAUCAGCGAGCAGCCUUCGGACUGUCUGGAGGGGAGGGGCCAGAUGCUCCACCACGCCCUGCCCUACUCUGUGGCGCCGCCCCUGCAAAUGGGUUCAGCCGGUGGGGGAGGACACCCCCACCUCCACCCCCACCACCACCCUCACCCCCAUCCGGGGGGUUUCCACUGCCUUCAGCUCCACCCCAGCCAUCCCCAUCACCCCCACCACUCACACCCCCACACACACCACCACCCGGACUUCUUCUGCCCGCCUCCGCCUGCCCCUCUAACCAACCCCUCGCCGCACGAGAGGGGAGGGCCGUCCAGCGGGGGGGGGAGGGGGGCGAGACCCCAAAGUGACAGGGCCCACGUUCAUACCAUCUGUAGGGGGAGGACACCAGGGGGACAAGUCCAGCGGGCAACCCUUCCAGAUGGGCACACCAACCGACUGCCAGGGGUUGGUGGGUGGGGGCGGCAGUGCCAAGGACAAGGCUAUGGAGAAGAGUGGGGGAGGGGGGCCCCCCAGUAACUGGCACAGGAAACAGCAACAACAGCAGCAUCCACAUACAGAAAGGCUGAGAAGGCCCCGGACUGGAUGCAGCAGCAGAGUCACCACCACCAUCCCCAGCAGCCCCAGCCACAGCAGCACCAGCCCCAACAACCCCAGCCCCAGCAGCCUCAGCCCCAACAACCCCAGCCCCAGCAGCCUCAGCCCCAGCAGCAGCAGCCUCAACCCCAGCAGCACCAAGCCGUGCGUUCCCGCAGCGUCGAGUGCAUCAAUAGCGUGGGAGUGGACACCACCGAUGUGUUCCGGCCCUCUCUUCCCCAGGGAGCCAAGGCCGGACACUCCCUCCCCCACUCAGUCAACACCUCCCCCUACAGGGACUGCUCCCUCCCGGGCCCCCUGCCCAACGCCUCACCCCUGGGAGGUCGGGGAGGUGCAGGCGGUGGGAGGUGGGAGCUGUUCCUUACAGAGAGAUGGUCAGAAGGUGGCCCGUAUCCGCCACCAGCAGCACGGCGGGCCUGGCCCGGACGCCCCAGCAGCAGAGCUGAACCAGAGCAACAAACAGAACCAGGACCAGGACCUGAACAGGAAGCUGGAGAUGGAGAUGUCCCCGUACGGCUACAGCAACAGUGGGCAGGGGCAGAAGCAUCACCCCCAGCAGCCCCCGGUUCCCCCCUGGGCCAUGAGGCCUCACCAUGUCCACCCUGCAGAGGAGGAGCAGCAGCGUAAGGCCUACAUGGAGUCUCUCAGUGGGGGAGGUGGUGGUGGUGGCAGGCAACAGCCCCAGCAACAACCAGGGCAAGGUAUGGGCCUCCCUCCUCAUCCUUCUCCCCAGCCCCAGCCACCUCCACCCCCAGCCCCCUCUCAGCAGCAGCAGGACCCCCAAGUUGCCUCACAGGCCCAUGGGGGAGAGCAGUGCCAUGAAGAGCCUUCUGAAGUACAGCACCCAGCAGCAGCCCCUGCUCCUCUCCCAGAAGAGUCCCUUCGGAGGCCUGGGGAGCCUCAAAUCCGGUGGCCCUGGUGGUCCUGGAGGUGGCAACCCCGGGGUUAGCUGCACCCUGCAAGGCAGCAAACAACAACAGGCCCUGCCCACCAGGAAGGGCCCGGCCAAUGACGGCGAGCGCUCUGACUGUGGGGGGCGUGGCCGGGAGGUGGGCGAGGCGGCGGGUCACGGCGAGGGAGAGGUGCGCCAGCCGCCUGUGGGCAUCGCAGUCGCCGUGGCGAGGCAGAGGGAGCCGUCCUGUCGCCCGGUGGACGCCCUCCCCAACAGCCGGCAGGGGCGGGUACACCCCUCCAUGAAAGGUGCGGGGGUAACCUCCGGGCCCUUGGGGUCGCUUGCUUAA